UUCACAUCGCUACUGUAGGACGGAGAGCGUCAGGACUCAAUUUCAUCAUAUUUCUCUUACAACUGUAGUGGAGAAUUGCCUACUAUGAACUGAAACUCUUCCUAAAAUCAAAAUCAAGUAGAUCCUAGUGAAGUGACGCAUAAGCCAGUAGUUUCCAGUGUCGAGUUCUAAUUUUUUUGCACCUCAAUGUAGCUAGAGGAAAUGGCUGUGGAAAGCAUGACUGUCCAUCCAAACUCCCCAACUACCAACCACGAACACAACAGUCUCCUGACUGACGAAAGGCCAGAGGAUGGAGAGCUGGAGGAGGGCGAGCUGGAAGAUGAUGGGGGGGAUGUGGAGGAAGAGGAGAUUGGUGGAGGUACAUCUGCAGCAGGUGGUGGAGGUGGUGGAGAUGGCGGUGAUGAAGCGGGCAGAGGAGGUGAGGCAGGAGGGGAAGUGGCCGGGGAGAGGCCUCGGCGAAGUAGGGAGCGCCACGCCAGCAGCGACUCAGAUGAUGAGAGAUCCCACCGACGCAAGAGGAAGAGGAAGAAAGAGAGGGAGCGGGAGAGGGAGAAGAGGAGGUCCAAGAAAAAACGCAAAUCUAAACACAAACGUCAUGCAUCCUCUGAUGAUGACCACUCGGACUUCAGUGAUGACUCUGACUACAGUCCCAGUGAGAAGAGGAAGUACAGAGAGUACAGUCCACAGUACCCCCCUGCAUCUCAUGGGGGUUACGGCAGCUCAAAGAAGGGCGGCUACAUGAAGAUGGACAAGCAGAGCUAUGGUGGCUACGAUGACUUUGAAGAUGACAACUUUGAGGGAGAAGAAGAGGAGGACAUGGGAGAUGAAGACUAUGAUGACUUCACCAAGGAGCUCAACCAGUACCGCAAGGCCAAGGAGGGAGGAGGCAGCCGCGGUGGACGAGGGGGCAAAGGUCGCAUGAAAAACCAGAGAGGCCGUGGAGGAAUGAGGGGAGGGAGGAGAGGAAGAGGAGGAAGCAGAGGAAGAGGAGGUCGAGGUGGAGGAGGAAAGAUGGGAGGAGACAAUGACGAUGGAGACGGCUAUGGAGAAGAAAUGGAGUAUGGAGAUGAUGACUAUGACAACAUGGGGGAUGAUGACUACGAUGACUACUCAAAAGAACUCAAUCAGUACAAGAAGUCUAAAGACAGAGGCAGAGGAGGUAGAGGUGGCCGCGGGAGAAUGAGGGGAAAAGGAGGGCGGGGUAUGAUCAGAGGAGGAAGGGGUCGAAACCGAGGGAGAGGACGAGGCGACAUGGGCAAUGAUGAGGACAACAACGGGGACAUGGACAAUGGGGAUGGAGGUGUAGGAGGCGAUGGACCAGGACCAGGGAGAAGAAAUCAGAAUGAGAAGCACCAGGAUAAAAAAGGAAAGGCCAUCUGCAAGUACUACAUCGAGGGGAGAUGCACCUGGGGGGAGCACUGCAACUUCAGCCAUGACAUUGAGCUGCCCAAGAAGAAGGAGCUGUGCAAAUUCUAUAUUACUGGAUUUUGUGCCCGAGCCGACCACUGUCCCUACAUGCAUGGUGAAUUUCCCUGUAAGCUGUUUCACACCACAGGGAACUGUGUCAAUGGCGACGAAUGCAUGUUCUCCCAUGAUGCCCUCAGUGAUGACACCCAGGACCUGCUCAAUAAGAUGCUGGCAGAGGAUGCAGAGGCUGGAGCUGAGGAUGAGAAGGAGGUGGAGGAGCUGAAGAAGCAGGGGAUCAACCCUCUCCCUAAACCUCCUCCUGGAGUUGGCCUUCUCCCUACCCCCCCUCGGCCUGUUCCUGUAGACACCAACACAGGGCCUGGGGAUUUCACAGGGCCAGUGACAAGUGAUUUUGGGGGUCUUCCUGGACCUAACCAGGGACCCAUUGUUAGCAAAGGUCCCCCAGGACCAGGGCCUAUUCCUGGGCCUAACCCCUGUGCUGUUCCCCCUGUCCAUGGCCCUGAUGGAAGUCCCUUCCAAGGUGGGCCCCCAAAUCCCAGUAUACCUCCUCCCCACAUGGGCCCUCCACCUCCUUGUGGUGGAGGGGGAGGUGGCGCAGGGAAGAAGAUCCCCUCAUUGUUUGAGAUUAAAGUUCAGCCAACGGGACAGCUGGCUCAGAAACUGGCUGUUAGGGGCCAAACUCCCAGCAGCACCCAGGGUCAGCCUGCAGCACCUGGAACCCAAGGGGCCCCUGGUGCCCCUCCUCCGUGCUUCCCUGCUCCCCCAGGCAUGAUGCCCCCUGACAUGCAGAACAUGGGCCCCAACCUUGGGAUGAACCCCAACAUGGGUCCAGGUGGACCGCCCAUGAUGGGAGGAUUUGUAUCUGGUGACGGUCCUCCACAUGGAAGUGCUAUGCCUCCAGGUCCGCCUCCAGGUGGAGGAAACUUCUUCAACAACUUCUUCAAUCAGCAGGAUGGUAUGCAGAUGGAGGGAGUGGUGCAAGAAGGUGACAACUACCAGGGUUUUGCUGGCAUGGAUGAGAGAGGAGGGAAUGUUGGGAAUCAGUCAGGUGGCCAAGAAGGCUCUGCUAAUGGAGCAUCAGUCAAUCAGGGAGGGAUGUCUGUGCCUGACUUCCUCCCUCCAGCGCAGCGCGUCCUGUUCAUGAGGAUCCAACAGAAGCAGCAAGAAGAAGAGGAGAGAGCUCGUAGGAUGGCCGAGGGAGGAGCAGAGAAGAGCAGAGACACAGAAGGUGACUCAGGGAACUGGUACUCCAGUGAGGAUGAGGAUGGUGGUGGUAGCGUCACCUCCAUCUUAAAGACACUCCGUCAGCAAACCCAGGUUCCUCAAAAAUCUGAUGGCCCCCCGAGCGAUCCUCGCCUUCAGAAGGCCUCUCCCGCCAAUGCUCCAGCUCGGCCAGCAGACCCCCGCUUGGCACGGGACCCACGCCUAGCACGUGCUACAGAUUUGGCCCAAAUCACGGACUCCACCCACUCCUUACCAACUAUAUCCUCCUCUGGACCGCCUGCAGACCCCAGGUUAGCCAGGCUAGCUGCUGCUGUCUCAGCAGGAUCCACCUCCCAUUUGCCUCCUGCUCCUAAACAAGAGACUCCUCUGGUCUACAAGCCCCCGCCGCUUACAACCCCGGCAGCAGAGGAGGAGGAAACAGAGCGGGUUUUACGGGACAAGCCGGUGCCAGUUCCCCUGGACCCGCUCAUGGGUAUGGCUCUGAGAGACCCACGAACACAGCUGCAGCAGUUCAGCCACAUCAAGAAGGAUAUUGUUCUCCACAUGCCGGCCUUUGCCAAAACCAUCACCUGGUCGCCUGAGGAUCUCCUUCCGCUCCCUAUCCCCAAGCAGGACCUCCUUCCACUCCCACCAGGAAUCCCUCCUGUCUCCGCCAUAGACCCACGUCUGUCCCGCACUCAGCAGCCUCUCCAAACGUCGCUCUCUCACUCACAGCCUCCUCCUGUUCAGCCUCCCCCCUCCUUGGACCCUCCUGCUCCUUCCUCAUCCACCUCCUCCCUCCCUGACUUUGAGCUGCUGUCUCGUAUCCUGAAAACUGUCAAUUCCAGCCCGUCCCAGACUCCUUCCCCACCUGUCUUACCGCCACCUAUUGCCCCUAUGUCGCUGCUGGGUCCACCUCCCUCCAUGCCUCCGCCACCUGCAGAAAAGCCUGUUGACCCUCGUGUGUCUCGUAAAGGACCCACAGACCCCCGUCUCCAGCCUCAGAAGUCAGCACUGAAGCAACCAUCAGACCCUGUGCCUCCCCCUGUCUCCUCUACCUCUCCAGCACCAACAUCUAGCUCCUCCCCCCCUACCAUUGCCCCCUACGACCCAAGGUUGCUCUCCUCAGGUGGGGCAGGCCGUGGUGUGGGAGCCGGGGCACCAGGGGGAACCAGUGUGCUGAGCAGCAUUAGUCUGUAUGAUCCCCGGACUAACAAACCAGGCAGCCCUGGUACCAGCAGUGGCACUAACAACUCCCCCAACUCAGCCAGCACAGAGUCCAAACCCAGUGACCCCCCAGCGAGUAAACCUAAAUCCAAGGAACCCCUUUUUGUUCGGAAAUCUGCACUGGACCAACCAGAGCCAGAGAAAAGUGGAGAGCAAGGAACCGACCGAUACAACAGCUAUAACAGGCCCCGGCCCAAGCCUGCACCUUCGCCUAACUCCACGGCCCAGGGAGGGCCUGCUGCAGCCGCCGCUGGGGGUCAGGGUGCUCCUGGAGCUGCUGGGGAUCAGGGGCCCACAGGUGUCCACAAUCUCCCAGUGUCCUCUUUAUUUGGUGUGGUGAAGCAGGUGGCCAAGACCGGUGGGACGGGAAGCCCCUUUGGAGGCAACAGCCCUGUACAGUCUGACCAGGCAACCACAGAGCAGGACAACGCCUCGCUGAAGGACGUUUUUAAAGGCUUUGACCCCACGGCCUCACCCUUCUGCCAGUGACACCCCCUCCCGCCACCAUUGAACCCUAAAGUCCAUCAUGUGGUUGGCCAAUGGUUUAUUUAAACAUCUUUUGGACACUGAAUAAAUCAGUGAAAAGGAGAAUGAAAAGUGCACUGAGGCAACUGCCUGUGAGACUGGUUCAGACGACAAAACUUCAGUGAACAAACUUACGUCACAUGACAUAUUUUCACACACUCACUCAAACACACACUUUAUCACAGUGUUGUUGCAGAUACAGAUUCUAUUAAAGACUCUGGGGUUAUGGGAAGGGUUUAAAGUUAAAUCUCUAAAUCUCUAUUUUAAACAAACUUAUUGAUGUAUAAAUAAAUGUAUUCUCUUCAUCUCAGUGCUUAAUGAAAACAGUUAUUCAGACAGCAGCAAAAACACAUUUAUAUGGAACGAUCGUUUUAGCUUUCACAUCUUUUUUCAUCAUCCUCCUCUUCAUUUCCAAAAUGUUCUCCUCACCUUCAAACUGGGUGAUGCGCUUGUCUGUAUUUUUGGGGCUAUCAAAAUUGGCAGCAGAUAAAAAAAAGAUGGGAUAGAUCUCAGUUAUUUCCAAACUAAAUAUUUUUCAUUUGUGGUGUUUUUGUGACUAAAUGAACAGCACUGAGGCAACACUUUGGCCUUUUAGAAACUAAUGACCCUCGAUGUCACUUCUUUUGCACAUCUUUAAUCCCUGUGCAAACUUUUAAGUUUUGUCAAAAAUGAUGACUCCCCGUGUCACAUUUGCUGCAGACUGCAAAUACCUGAACUUAAAUCUAUAUUCUGCUUUUUUUUUAGUAUUUAUUUUUCUACUUCUUUGCACUGUCAGUUUGUCUUCUAAAGGCUGUAUUGAAGUUUUUAAUGUCUGUAGCCUCUAGCUGUUCAAAUACUGUGUCAUUUUAGGUAUUUAGCUCUUACCCUAUCAAGGUAACUUUGCUGGUACAGGAAGUGACAUGUGAUCUUUCAGUACUCUCUAACCACUACGCCACUGUUGUUCCUUUUUGCUCAGUUUUACCCUUUAGCAGUCCUGUUGCUCAUGUGUCAUGUGAACAUUUUUGUUUCUUAUUUCUGUAAAAAUUGAGAGUCUACAGUUCAUGAAAAGCAGCUUCUGUAGCUUUAAAAGAACACUUCACCUGCAAAAUAACCACUUUAUCAAUGACUCACCGCCUGUUACCUUGAAUUUAUGAAGAAAAUGUUUUUCUUCUUUUCUUCUGUCUCCACGGUAAACAAAGACUUUUUAAAAAAGGCGACCGUUAUUGAUGAAUUGAAGUAAACAGGGACCACGUGUAACAACAACAGGACUAUAUCAGAACAUCCAUUUACAAACUCUUACACAAUCCAUGCAGUAUAAUUCAAGUCUCACUUAUGCAGUUGUAUGCUCAGUAUUUUACAAGCACAUGCAGUUUUGCUAAAGCAUAAUGAUUUCAAACACGUCAGUACAAACAGUCAUGCACGGCUGAGUAGGGAGUUACUCAUAGGGUUAAGUGUUUUAAAUCAUACAGCGAAACUGCAUGUGUUUGGGAAGCACUGAUCAUACAACUGUAUAAAUGAGACUUGGAAUAUACUGAACGAGUUGUGUGAGAGUUUGUAAACAGAUGUUUUGGUAUAGUUUUACUGUUGUUGAAGGUAGCCCAUUUAUUUCAAUUGAUGAAGAAUGUUUUUUGGUUUCUCCUUUUACUGUGGAGGCAUGGAGAAAAACAAACUUUUCUCACUUAAUCAAAUCAUCAUGUGGUGAGUAGUUGUUUUACAAAUUAUCAUUUUGUGGGUGAAGUUUUCUUUUAAGAGCGAGGAGAUGGAAAAGAGACCUUGCUGGUCAACAGAUGACAAACGCAUCUCUCUCCAGUGGCAGAUUUUAGCUAGAUGAUGGUCAGCCAUAGUAAGUAGAUUAAACAAAUUUGCGUUUUUUUUCUCUGCUGAAAGGAUGAUUUAAUCAAAGGUUCAACCUGUAAAUAAUCAGCCUCAGUUUUUUUUCACAUUAAUAAGAUGAGCACACUUUCAUUGACUGAUUGAGACUUUGCAAUCUAGCCUUUAGCUUUUUUGUUUUUAUUAAGUGUUGUGUUAAGAAUGGACAGGACUGCAGAUUUCUGAGAGUGGUCAGUGGAAUAGAAUAAUUUGCAGCCUCACAGCAUCAAUUUAAGCUGUUGGCUUUCUAAGUUGCUGACAGUGUGACAAUCAUAAAAUAGACUUGGACCUAAAAUUAAAUUAAUGCAUGAAUCUUGCAUUGAUCUUUGCAGGUUCUCCCUCUGCUGUCAGUCUGAGCUCUGAAUAAAGAGAACCAUAUUGUUUAAAUGUCACAUUUUAACAUGACCUGUGUUAAAAGAAGAAACCACACAGACUGAACAUGGUGUUUCUCUCUCGGGCUUGCAGUUACAGAAGCGCACACUUCUUGGUGGAAAUGUACAUUUGGGAUAGAUUGACAGUUUGGAUGAGUGUUAAGAACUUUUCUUCAGAAUCUUCCUUCAUACUUUGUUUUUUUGAUUUUCUACCCCUUAAUAUAAACGGUUGAAGUCAGAAGUCAAGUGUGGCAUCUGAAUCAGUUGAGGAUAAGCAGUUGCUACUGUUUUGCCUGAUUUCAUUGUUAAUCUUUAAGCGUGGGGUCACUGUCAAGGAGCUUCUCAAAGUUUCUAAAAGGUGUCAGGAUUGUCGUUGACUGUCUUGUGUAUAAAUGUUGAUCAUUUUAAUUUAUUUUUUUUUAUACUUGGGUAAAUAUACUUCCUCACUCGACAUUUUUUGAACAGAAUAAUUUUAUAUGUCAGGAAUAUGUGAUUGCCGCACACCUCAGUGGGACAUAGGCAGCCUGUAAUACAGUGAAAGGAGAAAGAGGUAUUUUUUUAUUUGGUUUUGUGUGUAAAGAUUCAAACUAAAAACAGAUCCACUAUUGCUCCCUCCUGUCAGGCCAUGAACAAGCCUGUUAGGAGGCCGAGUGUCAGCCAUAGCAAGCGUGAAAGUUAUUGUUGAUUUGUUCUUUCCUUAUGGCUUUGUUGUUUUGUAAGAUUUUUUUCUUGCUCUGUACAUUUGACCAGUAUCCUGUCUUUGGAGGAGUGGAGUUUUCUAACUGUACACUGUAGGUGAGGUUGUUAAAGUAUUUAAAUAAAGUUGAUACGUGAUCAACCAGUUAAAA